AUGACGUACCUGCGCUGCUCUUCCUUCUCUGCGCGCCUCUCGGCGCCUCUGCACGCAUUUCAACUCGUUAAGUAAAAUAAAUAGAUACAGUUAUCACCACAGCGAUCUAUUCAAGUCAGUAAGUUGUUGUUCAAACCUUUCACCAUGCAGGUAGGAGUUUAAUGGGACGAUGAAUGAUCUAAAACGUUAAUAGAAUUACUAGAGCUCUCCUCCAACAACUGAAACUGCAGCAGGCUAAUGUUAGCCAUAAGUUGGUGUUUCUGCUCGUCACUAUGAGUGAUUCAGAUAUGGACGAUAACCUGCUUGAUCAAGAGCUUAUUGAUGACCUCCAAAAUGCUGAUGACCUGCUUGGUGAGCUGCAGAAAGAGGAGGCAGCACCACCAGCGAGGACAUCCAAGUCAACAGUCAGGUGGAGAAAGAGAGACAUUGAUGAGAAUGUACUCUAUGCAAGGCCAAGGUCACACAGGAAUCAGUCAGAAGAAGUUGGUCAUGAUCAGAUUCCUAAUCCUCCCUGCGACACUGCUGAUCAUGGCACUAACUCUGAGGUGGCCUUUGCUCCAGAGACUGCUUCAAAGACCAUCUCUGCUGAAUGUCUUCUGCAAGAUCUGCAGCACUCAUUGAGUGUCUCUCAAAUCUGCAGUCAAUGUGGGAACAACUGUGCAACUGUCAGAUGCAGAGACUGCUUACCAUGUUCAUUCCUUUGUUCUGAAUGCGACAUCAGCCGGCACAACAAAACCUACAGCCUUCACAACCGGGAUACCAUGUGUGCUGGUUUCUUCCAGCCAUUACCUCCAACCAGUUGCGUUGUGGAUAAUGCUGUUACACACUGUGAUGCCUGUCCAAAUCUGUGGCUGUCCACCAGAGGCACUGCGGGUCAUACAAGGAAAGUCAGUUGCUUUGGUCACAAUAAAUGGUCACUGGAAGGGGCAUUUGUGGUGGGGAGUGGUUGGCAGCCCAAGAGACUUCCUACAGAUCCAGGAGUAAGGUGGAUGAGGAGGGACUGGAGCUGGCAGUUUGCGGGCACGGUGUCUUGCUGGCUGCCCUUAACAUGUUCAGGGGUGAAAUAUAUGCAUACCCCAUGUUCUUACAGAACCAGCUUGUGCCCAAGCACGACAUCACCUUCUUCUGUAUGGAUGUUGCAUGUAAAUACUGGCCCUACCUACAGAGAGUUUGUUCGGACUGUCCAGAGCUCCAGUCUCUUCAAAACAUGAGGCCCUUCCUGUCGGUUUUGCAUGCUAAAGCCCACGACUUCAAAUGUGAGGUUGGUAAUAACGUAAAAUCCCAAAAAGUGAUUAAAGGAAAGAACAAUUAUAUACCAGAGUAACGUAUGUAUACUUCUGUCAAGGAAGUUAUGUUUUAACCUGUGUUUAUUGUAUAUGUGAAGUAUGUGUUUGUUUUAGAUCUUAUACAUACAGUGGCUUGAAAAAGUAUUCAUACCCCUUGAACUUUUCCACAUUUUGUCACGUUACAACCACAAAUGUAAAUGUAUUUCAUUGGGAUUUUAUGUGAUAGACCAACACUAAGUGGCGCAUAAU